AUGCAGCCCGCCCCCGAGUCAGGGUCGUACAACCACAACCACAGCCACAACCACAACCAGAAUCGCCACCAUCGCGACUUUGAAAGUCGUGAUGGGGCCACACGGUACCAUAACAGAAGGCUUCGUGUGGGCCGACAAGGCCACACAAACCCUUUAAUAUGGCUAUUAGCCAUCAUAUGCACAAUCAUAGCCCUAGCUGUGAUUGUUGCCGGCAUCGUAGUGUUUGCAGGGUACAUACUAAUCCGACCAAGGGUACCGACAAUAACCGUCACAAAUGCUCACCUAGACAUUUUCCGAAACGACUACACCGGAAUCCUCGAAACCCAACUCCGGAUCCAAGUGAUGGCGCAGAACGAAAACAUGAAAGCACAUGCAUCAUUUUCCGACAUAAGGUUCAACCUUAGCUUCCAAGGUCAACCCGUAGCAAUGAUGGUUGCUGACCCAUUUGAUGUACCCAAAAACAACACACAGUUUCUUAACUACUUUGUCCAAUCGUCGGCGAUACCCUUGACGCCGGAACAAAUGCAGGCGGUUACUGAUUCUUGGAAGCUCAACUUAGCGACCUUUGAUUUCAAGGGUAAUGCUAGGACUCAAUGGAGGAUAGGGCCUUUGAUUGGUUCUGUUAAGUUUUGGUGCUACCUUGAUUGUAAACUCAAGUUUCAUCCCUUGAAUGGGAGUUACAUUCACAAUGCCUGCACCUCCAAAUCAAAAUAAUCAUCAUCAUCAUGAUGUGUUUAAUUAUGAUUAGCUUUUUUUCUUUCUUAAACACAAGAAUUUGAACCGGAUAAUUGAAAGUCAAGCGAGUAUAUAUCUUUCACUAUUCAAGUUCAUCAACUUUGAUAUGUUUAUUCACCGAUUUACAUAGAUUUUCAUGGAGAUCUUUUUAGAUUCUCUAUGCCUUUAGCAGGGGAUAUUUAAAUCCUGCUAGCUGAAUAG